ACUCUACUUCUGUGACGUGUUAUUCCUAAACAACAUAGCUAGUGGGCUUUCUGUUACGGUAUCUGGUUCGUUUGUUUGCUUUAAAUAUGCUGAAAAAGAAACCAAGUGGCUCGGAAAAGAAAAGGAAACACUCGCACUCCGAAGAGCGACAGCACAGCAACAAGCGCCGCAGCUCAGAGUCACAAUUAGAGGACUCCAAAGAUGAGCUCACCGACCCCGAGCUGGACCGGGUUGGCAGCGACAUCGAGGAAGGCGGUCUUGACCUCAGCGUGCCCUUCCAGCCAAUCAAAGCUUACAUCAGCAACAAGCAGGAGAUGCUGCAGCAGUGCUUCCACGUGUUGGGAGAGAAGAAGGUUCGGAAGAUGCUGCCCGAUGAGCUCAAGGAUUGCAGUUUAGAAGAAAUCAAAACUCUCUGUUGGGAGCAGCUGGAACCGAUCUCAGAGAAAAAUCUCACUCAAAUUUUAGCAGGAGAAGAGAUAACAGCUGGAAACAGUGAUGGAGGGACUUUAGAGAACCAACAGGAUGACAAUGUUGACUCCACGUCCUGCUUGAAAGAAAGCGCUAAAACCGAUGAUGUAAAACAAGCAGAGGGAGGCGGCUCUGGCGAGGAGAGCGACGUCCUGAGCAUAAAUGCAGACGCUUACGACAGCGACAUCGAGGGGCCGAAGGAGGACCAGGCCGUCAAAGCCGACAAGGUGGUCGCGAAACCGGACAACGCUGGCGGCAAGCAACCUGACCAGACCCCUACAAACCCCAAGCCUGCAGCUCCAGAGACAAAGAAGGACAUUCAGAGUGACAUAGACAAAAGCGUCAGCGAAAUCUUAGCUCUCUCUUCAACAUCGAGUAAAGAAGAAGCUGUGGAAGCGAGCAGCAUGACGUUGCAGCCUGCGGGCGUCGAAGUACCCGCUCAAGGCGGAGCUUCAGUUUGUUCGCCGUCCAUCCAACAGCUGGAGCUGCUGGAGCUGGAGAUGAGGGCAAGGGCCAUAAAGGCUCUGAUGAAAGCUGGAGACAAGAAAAAACUUUGUAUGACAAACAACAUUUAGCUUAUUUUGCUGAAAGUUGUAUUUAAUUCUUUCCAUGUAGAGCUUUUCACAUUGGACUUGAACUGAACUCGUAUGAUUUGAGUUAUUUUAAGACAUUACGGAAUGUCUUCAUCAUUAAAAUAUUGUUGUUUUGCAGAUACUAGUUUUAGAUGCAUUAUGGAUCAGAGUUCUUGUGCGGCUUGGAAAAGUCUGGAAUUCAUUCACAAGUUUUCUGAGUCUGGAUUUCUAUGGCAAAGGAAAAUGGUGCAUGAAAAAAUAUUGCUUGCAGAUUUUGUUUCUCCAUGCCAUUUAGUCAUUUUAUUUAUUUGUUCCUUCUUUCUUUUCACCUCUACUCCCUUCUGCUUUUGUUUUCCUUUUUCUCUCGUCACCCCAUUUCUUCUUUCAUUUUGUCUUUUCAUUUCUGCCUUUCUUUAUUUUUCCUUCUUUCUUUUCUGCCAUCAACCCUGUUUAUUUUCUUUCAUAUAUCUUGUUGCUUUCAAGAUCUUCCUUUCUUUUACAUUUUCCAUCCUUGAUCGCUCCGUUUUCUUUCAUGCAUUUCCACUUUUACUUGUCAUUUUCUUCUUCUUUGCCUUUCUUCCUCACUGCCUCACUUUCUUGUUCCGUACUCGAAAAACAAAGAAAGUAGACUUGACUUCAACCAUUAAUCCUUAACGCCUUUGUCUCUGCUCUUCCUUUUCUCCAUUCUUUCCUUCCCUUCUACAUCAUUGUGUCUUACUAUUUUUCUUCUUUCGUUAUUUAUUCUCCUUUUUUUGCCCUUUUUCCUUCGGUCCUUUGUCAGUUCUUAGUGAAUUUUUUUUAUUUAUACUUGAAAAGAAGUGCAAAAAAUUUUAAUGUGACAAAUUUCAGAAUGGAAAAGUGUUGAUUUUAUAGAAGACAAGUGGUCAUUUCCCUUUAUGGUCACUAGAUGGCAGUGGCGCUCUGUCCCAGAACAGAGCAGGGAUGCUUGACUGCAGUAAUCUGCAGAGGACAGCCGCUGUAUAGAUUUGAGUGCCUCAUGUUACAGUGGUACUGCAGCUCCCAUUUAGCCAGCAUUAGAACUGAACAUUACUGGGAGCAGCGAUCUGAAAUGAAGCGGUGUCCAGUCUGUUGGAGUAUUUAGACCCAGGUCAAAGUUUUCACACUAAAACCACAGAGCAUAUUACAAACUCUGCCUCUUUAUGUCUAAUUCUGAUUUCUAAAGAUAUUUGAAUUCACGCCAUCCUUUCAUUCAAAAGGUUUUCUGUCAGUUUGAUAAAGAGUUGCUUUGUCUGAA